AUGGAAGACAGUUAUUCAUACAACAUUAAUAUGCUUGAACAGAGUGAUUUUGAAAAUGUGGAACAAAUGCAGUAUGAAAGCUUUGAAGAAGAAGAAGUUUAUCAGGCUGAUUCUGAAUUGGAACCUGAUAUAAAUCAAGAGGAUCAUUGGAUAGCCAUAUCUUCAUUUUUUCAUGACAAAGGCCUUAAUCUUGUGUUGCAAACAAUUGUGGGAAACCAGGGAAGGGAAGGCGAUAAGGCAAAAUGA